UUCGUCAAAAAUAUCUCUGUACGAUGUUGUUGCUGUUGAGCUUGUGGGUUAUUGUGCUGAGUGCAACUUCGAGUCAAUUCCAUACGCAACAACCGGAUUUGCCGUCAGGUGGAGACCCUAUUACCAAUUUUCAAAUCAUUUACCCGGUUGCAGAAGCCAUAGAGACGCUUCCCCUGGAGUUUCACGUCGAGAUCGGUAUCAAAACAUUAGAGGACUACAAGACGUAUAUCGUUGAUAAAUUUCUGUGUGUCGAGCUCAAUGAAUCACUGAAGAAAUGCAGCUUAAUGGCAAAUCCGAGUGUUAUUUUUCACGAUCUUCCGGAUGGAAACUACACCGCGCUGGCUUUCAUCACAGAUAUCCAUAGUAAUAUUCAAUAUCACCAAACAUCGGAAACGAAGUUUUCUGUUGUGAGCAAGGAGGCGUUCACCGAAUAUACUGCAGAGAGAAGUCGCGACGCAAAGGAAUUAAGUCUGCUGGAGUGGGCUAUGCUACAAGACAAAGUAUUAGAGAAAACAGAGAAGGAACCGGUUGAAGAUGUUCGAGCCACGCAAACGACACCAACAGUGAACGCGAGCGACAUUUUUCUUGUGAUCGGAGUGAAAACUUCGUUGGUGAAGAAUUUCAAACUGCGACAAGCUAUUCGCGGAACGUGGGCGAGUCAAAAUGCCCUUCCUGCAGACGUUAUGGUGUUCUUUAUCGGCUGCGAACCUGACUUGUCUUAUGUUCAUGGUGCUGACGAACAACAGCAAAUUCGAGACGCUAUUAACCUGGAAAAACAGACGUACCGCGAUUUGCUCAUCGAUGAGUUACGCUGCCAAGACUCAUACGCUGACCUACCAAACAAAGUAAAAGAAUUCCUACGCUUUGCCACACAGCAGUUUUUAGAGACACCAUUUUUUAUGAUCGCCGACGAUGAUAUUUAUUUGAGAGUGGACAAGCUUACAGAUGAAUUGCGUGUAAUGGAUCGCUCGCAACCACUGUAUAUCGGGCAAGUUUGGGAUUUAAUCAUUGGCCGCAGUCAAAAACCUGUGCGCGACACUACUGAGCGCUACUACAUUUCAGAGGAAUUGUACCCGCUGCACAGUUAUCCUCCUUUCGCGUUUGGCCCACACUAUUUACUAUCGAUAGACUGCGCACGUUUUAUAGUCAAGAACAGCGGGAAAUUGCGUGGCUUGAGCGCAAUUGAUGAUGUCAGCGUUGCUCUGUGGUUAAUGGCGAUUCAGGUGUACGCGAGGCACACGUCUGCGUUUGCUAACCUACGACUUGAAGCUUGCAAAAAUGGUCUGAUCUCGCUUGCAGAUUUAUCAUCGUACGGGAUCCGGUCAAUGCACGGCAACCUUUUCCAAAAACGAGAUAUGUGCUACGGGUUCGACCGAGCGUUGUGGCAAAUGGGCACGACCAUGUAGCUCUCUUGACAAAUUUUGGAUAUUCAAACACUUGACCUCCCAGCUUUAAGCUACGAGCGUCAUUUCGAUGCUACAUCGACGGUGCCACAUCGACGAUGCGUGAUAUACCGCCGAUCGAGACAUUGGCUUCCCAUUUGGAGACUGUACAGACUGGCGUAUGCACAUGAGGAUAUUGCCGAAUGCGUCAGUAUCACCUCCGUGUGAAAACUCAACUUCCUAGAUAUUGCGCUGUUCACCUAUGCCUAUUCAUUCAUCUCAGACUAGAACACUUUUCACGAAGGCUCUGUUUUCACGCCUGCUGGUUACGAUGUAAUAAACGUAUUAACGAGUUGAAGUUGAGACCUAUUAAUAGUUUCUCUAACACUCUUUCUUAAAAAAAAAAGUUUGGUCUUUU